GCGCCGUCUGGCCGCUCGUGCUGGCGCUGCCCACCACCGGCGAGUACAUGCACUGUCUGCCGGAGUGGUGCGGCUUCGUCGCCAAGUACUUCGGGCCGCGGCAGCUGAAGGUCCUUCUUCAGGACGUGCUGGACCACAUCGGUCCGGACAGACAGUUCGAGCAGCACUACCCGCAGCUGGAGGCGCUGCUCACCAAGGCAAUCGGCGACGGAUCGCAGCUGCACCAUCUGGUGCACAUGACCAGCUUCUCCACGCUGCUGGAGCUGCUGCAGCAGGACGAGGUGCGGCAGCGGGUCAGUCGUCGGCUGCUGCAGCUGCUGACGAGCUGCCAGCAAGAGCUGACGACCGAGCCGGCCCUGGUGGAGCUGGGCAUGGCCUGCUGCCAGACCCUCCAUGACUCUGUCACGAUGCUGUCCCUGGACGACGAGCGGCGGGAGACGAGCGCACUGAUCUGCCAGUUCCUGCAGCGGGCCGUGGACCUGACGCCCUCGCAGCUGGAGAGCUCGCUGGACCUGCUGGUGCAGGCGCGCGGCGGUUUCUGCAACCUGGAGUCGGUGACGACGCACCUGGUGGUGGCGGUGCACGCGUCUUUCAAUCAGUGA